UCUCCUCAACCAGACACGCAGGCCCGUACAUAAUCCAUCACACGUGCGGGCUCCCACCCAUCCCCCACACGUGCGCGCGAACCGAGAGCCCGGCCGCCUCUCCCGGGUCCCGGCCCAUCCCAACCGUCCGAUCCCCGGCCGAUGGCGGCGGACGGCCAGGAUCCCCCGCUGGCGGACGCCGCCGCCGCCGCCUCCGGCGACGACGACGCCGCGGCGGCGGACGCGCUCCUGAGCCCGGCCUCGGAGCAGCUGACGCUGCUGUACCAGGGGGAGGUCUACGUCUUCGACCCCGUCCCGCCCCAAAAGGUUCAAGCUGCUCUGUUGGUGCUUGGAGGGUGUGAGGUGCCUCCUGGUUUAGUAAGCAUGGCUGGGCCUACUGCAUAUGGUGAAAAGAGUACAACUGUGGCUGCCAAAAGGGUUGCUUCCUUAAUGAGGUUCCGUGAGAAGAGGAAGGAAAGAUGUUUUGAUAAGAAAAUAAGAUACGGAGUGCGCAAGGAAGUUGCCCAAAAGAUGAAACGGCGUAAAGGACAGUUUGCUGGAAGGGCGGAUUUUGGUGAUGCUGCAAGUUCUUCUGCAGCUUGUGUCUCUGCAGCCGAUGGCGAGGAUGAUCAUUUCCGAGAAUCCCAUUGUCAAAAUUGUGGCGUCAACUCAAGGCUUACUCCAGCAAUGCGUCGGGGGCCGGCUGGCCCAAGGACCCUCUGUAAUGCUUGUGGCUUGAUGUGGGCAAAUAAGGGUACUCUGAGAAGUCCUUUGAAUGCCCCCAAAAUGACGGUGCAGCAUCCCGCCAAUCUGAGUAAAAUGGAGAGUGUGGAUGAUGACAAAGCAAUUGUUUGUGCUGAGCCUAAUCAUACCACGGUCAAAAUGGACUCUGGGAUGAGUCCGGAACAAGAACAGAAACCAGAACUGCGCCCAGCGACCGAAGGCGACAGCAUGGCUGAUUCAUGACAAGUGUAUAUAAAUUGAGACAUAGGUUUUUGUCAGAUAUUUCCUGACUUUAGAAAUGAUGUAUAAGGCAACAAAACUAACAAAAGCAUGCAUCGACAUGCCACAUUUAUCCCCUCCAUGUAUUUAUAUUACAUUACAAAUUGUAUACCCAACAGUUCUGCAAUGCAGAGAAUUCAGCAAUGCAAUGCAAUCCAUCACAUCAUCAUCA